UGCUGUGUGCUUUUUGCAAGUAUGGCGCCGCGCAGGCAGUAGCAGCAUGUGGUAUGUUUUCACAUGUGAUUUAACGUCAAUUUCUUCAGUCUUUCCGCGGAAUGAUUGAUACCGUAACAAACCAUGGAGCGGGAGAGCUUAAGCGAAAACCUUGGAUUACAGCUCGCAGAAGUUGAAAUGCUAUCAAGCAUGUACCCUCGAAGCGACGAAUUUAAACUAUUGGGUGCACAUGCUGUCAGCGAAUUCAGAGAUUUUCUGGACGGAAAAUGCGACGGGGUCACGUCUUCUUUAGAUUUGAACUUCACGAUCAGAACGGAAGCGGGACCAAUAGACCUGGACGUUCAUUUGCCGCACAACUAUCCUUCAGCGUCACCGGAAAUCGCAAUCAGAACGGAUUGCCUGGAUAGAGCCAUGCAUACUGCCUUGACGAAGGAAGCCCUGGAGUUCCUCGCCUCACAGCCAUCUGGAUCGCUGGUUGUGGGCGACACUGUCGACUGGAUCAGGGAAAAUUUCCCACGGUUCUGCGCUUCACCAGUCACCCAAGAGCCCGUGCUGAACAGCCAGCGUUUGUUUACAAGGUUGUGGAUCGUUAGUCACCACAUAUACAACAAGAAUAAGCGGAGGCUCAUCCUCGAAUGCGGAAAGGAAGGAAAUUUGACUGGUUUUUGCCUCCCGGGCAAGCCCGGAAUAAUCUGCUUCGAAGGCCCUUUGGAAGAGUGCCUGAAUGCCUGGUCGACGAUAAAGAACCUCACGUGGAAAAGGAUAGGCCUGAAGCACCAGGAAGACGUGGAAGUAGUUGAUGGGCAAGAUGUCGGAAGUCUCAGGAAGUUCGAAAAAUUUUCCGAGCUUGCUUUCAACACUAAACAAAACGCUAGUAGGGACCACCACAUGGACAUGGGCGAAUUCGCAAGGUUCUUGAGUGAACACGGCUGUGAAAACAUCUUCGAAGUGCUUUUCGGAAUCGAGGCCAAGAUAAACAGCUAACGUUUCACGCUUGUUUAUUUGUAAUAAACUUGUCUAAAAACAGGG